UGCUUUUAACUACAAGAAUUUCGGUUUUUUUCGUUUUUCGUUUUCGAUAAAAUAACGUUUUCACAACACUGAUUCAAAGCGAUAGUAUAGUUCAUGAAUAUUGAAUUUCAACGUAACCUCAACGUUAAAAUAGCUCACUAAAAAAGUGCGAAACAGACUUCAUUUUUUCAUGAAAUUUGCUUACGAAAUCAGCUGUUGGUGUUUGAUAAUAGAAACCGCAUAAAAUUAUCACUGAUAACAAAAUAUUAAAACUAAAACUAUUAAAACUUCUAAAAACGUUCAAUUUGUAAUAAAAAAGUAAUAAAAACCGUAGAAAUCAUUUUCCGAUUCCAACAUCAGCAUCGAGGAACAGACAGAACCAACGUAGAAAUAUGAGCGCCAACAUAUUCAAAGGCUACCUCAAAACACACUCCAAUAUACUGGUCUUGACAGGAGCAGGAAUUUCCGCAGAAUCUGGAAUACCAACGUUUCGUGGAGUCGAUGGAAUGUGGAGAAAAUACCCAAUCACAGAAGUAGCUAACCCGGCAGCUUUCAGAAAACGACCUUCUUUAGUUUGGGAAUUUUACAGCUACAGGAGAGGAGUUGCUUUGAACGCUAAACCAAAUAAGGCACAUUACAUGUUGGCUGAAGUUCAAAAGAGAUGUGCGGAAGAAGGAAGAAAUCUCAAUGUGGUGACUCAAAAUGUGGACGGGUUACAUAUUCAGGCUGGCGCCAAGAACGUGAUCGAAAUGCACGGGUCUUUGUUCAGGACCAAGUGUACAAAAUGCAAUCGGGUUGAAGAAAAUAGAGAACAUCCUAUCUGCGAAGCAUUGAGAGGCAGAGGGGCUCCAGAUGUAGAAAAUCACCAAGAUAUCCCACUAGAUCAGUUACCACGUUGUAAACAUUCCGGAUGCGGUGGUCUCCUCAGGCCAGAUAUUGUCUGGUUUGGAGAAUAUUUAGAUCCUAAUAUUACCUCGAAGAUAGCCGAAUUAGUGGACACUGCUGAUGUAUACAUAGUGAUAGGAAGCUCUUCAGAGGUAUACCCUGCCAGGCAGUACUUAAAUAUGCUAAAAGCCAGAGAUGUCAUCACAGCUGAAUUCAAUGUUGCUCUAACAAGUCAAAGCAAUGAUUAUUCAUUCAUCUUCCAAGGUCCAUGUACUGAAACGAUACCAAAAACUUUGAAUUAUUGGGAGAAUAAUACAAGUCAGAAUGAACCCGAAAACGCGUCAUAAUUUCAUAAGAGUUUUAACUUUCCAUCGUUGUUGUGUAUUUUAUCUACGGGGGAUGAUGGGGUGAAGGGAAUGAUCAAUUUGUUUGGUGUUCUACUUGACUUUCGUACCAAAUACUGUAAUUAUUACUGGGGAAUGUUGUUCCACAUUUUGUUAAAUGUUGAAUAAAAUAUGCGUUUUUAUGUGGUA